AUGAGUGUGAGAGUAUUAGAACCACAUCAAUUGACUAUGACAUUAAAUGCUGAGCCUAUUGAUGGUCAACAUAAAUUAAAUUCUUCAUGGACAUUAUGGUAUGACCAACCUUCAAAUGAAAGUAUCCCUUAUGGAUCAAACACAAAAGAGGUUUAUUGUUUUGGUACUGUCGAAAACUUUUGGAGAAUGUAUAACAAUAUUAUUAAAGCCUCUGAUUUAGUUUGUAUGAGUAGUUAUUAUCUCUUUAGAAAAGGUAUUGAACCAAAAUGGGAAGAUGAACAAAACAAAAAUGGAGGUAGAUGGAUUCAUUAUUGUGGCAAAACUAUGAAGAAUGAAGGAAUUGAGGAAAAGUGGUUAAACACUAUUUUAGCAUGUAUUGGAGAAGACUUCCCUUCAAGUGAGUUAGUCAAAGGAUGUGUUUUUAAUUGUAAAAAAAAUCAAAUAAGGAUUUCUUUAUGGGUAGGAGAGCAUGAUGACUCCAAGGCUGUGAAAUUGAUUGGAAGUAAGUUUAAAUCAAUUCUUGACCUUGACCAGGAAAAAAUAGUCUUCCAUAUUCACCAAGACUCUGUUGAUGGACGUUUCUUCAAUGUUAUCAGUUUAUAA